AUGAACAAAAUCACCAAAUACUAUCUAGUUCUGUACAAUGCCCUUUCAGUGGUGCUUUGGUUUAUUAUUUUGGUUCAGACUAUAGCAAACUUCAAGUUUCAUGAGAGCCCCUUAGACAAAUUGACAGAAGCAAUUAAAGCAUAUUCUAAAAAUGGCUUUCCUCACAAGUUUUUGUUCUAUGUACAGAUACUCAAUGCUGUGGUAGAGGUAAUGAAUGCAUAUAUAGGGCUCGUCAAAUCCCCGUUCGCUACUUUAUACUUGCAGUUCUCGGCAAGACUUUUAAUUGUGGUAGGGGUAAGCUACGUUCUCCCUGACAGUCCAGGGAACUACCAUAUUUCUUAUUCAGGGUUGUCUCUUGCGUGGUCACUUACCGAAGUUAUCAGAUAUGGGUUUUACAUUGCAAAACUUUUAAACCACGUUCCUUAUCCUUUAAUGUGGUUACGCUACUCAGCUUUCUUAGUCCUCUAUCCUGUUGGACUUGUGUGUGAAGCUUCCGUUGUUUACCUUUCAUUGAGCCUGGCGAAAUUUGCUUCUCUUGGUAACCUUGGCUACUUUUACUUCCUUGUAUUUGCCUUACUUAUGUAUGUUCCUGGCUUUCUUAUAUUAUAUUCCUACAUGUUGAAGCAGAGGUCUAAAGUUUUACCCAAAGCAACAAGAAAAAAAGUUGAGUAA